GAUUACCGGUUUUGUAAGGUUGUGAACAUUUGUAAAAAAGAAAAAGUACAUUUUUUCUCAAAGUCAAAUGUGUAAUAAAAACUCCCUGCCUAAAUUAAUUUCUGAAAUGCGAAGAAAGGCGCGAUAGUAAGAAGUGCUUGACGAAAAUUGAGAGCGAGAGAAAAGAUACAUAUGAUCAAGAUAUCUCAUCAGAUAUCACAAAUAGGGCAGCUACAGAACUACUUGUACCUUCGAAAUCUGAAAUUCACAGAGCUGAUAGCUUAAACGAUACUUCAAUCUAGAAAGUAACAAGUAACUCUAUAACCAGUAUAUAACACGAAAAGAACAUGACAGAACCGGCGAUUAAGGAACAAAUUUCUGAAAAUCAAACCAUAGAUAAUAACACAAAAAUUACAACUACUGAAAUGCACACUGCAGGGGAACCCCUAAGGAUUGUAGAAACUGGUUUUCCACCAGUGGAAGGGGAAAACAUUUUAGAUAAAAUGAAAUAUGUUAAGUUGCGUCUUGACGCUUACCGAAGGUUUUUAAUGUAUGAACCUCGAGGACAUUUUGAUAUGUACGGUGCCAUUUUGGUCAAACCUAACGUUCCCUCGGCCGAUAUUGCAGUUUUGUUUAUGCACAAUGAAGGUUUCAGUACAAUGUGUGGACAUGCGGUGAUUGCAUUAGGAAGAUAUGCUGUUGAUAAAGGUUAUGUGAAAACAAUAACUAGUCCAGAAACUCCAGUUAAUAUCCAGUGUCCAUGUGGUUUGGUAAAAACCUAUGUUUCCUACAAUAAUGGUCGGUCUGGAGCUGUUAGAUUCCACAGUGUUCCAGCUUUUAUACAUUCUAGAGAUAUCCAGGUAGAUGUACCUAAAUUUGGAACCAUUACUUUGGAUGUCGGCUAUGGUGGAGCAUUUUAUGCAAUACUACCUGCUAGUCGUCUUGGAUUAGAUCUAAACAAAUCAAAGCUUCAUGAACUUGUAUCAGCGGCUACCUGUAUAACUGAGACUGUUAAACAAGAAGAAAUAAUUCAUCCUGAAAGUCCAGCUCUCAGCUUUCUCUACGGAACUAUUCUUACGGAUGAUAUGAUACCAGAGAAAAAUGGAGAAAUAAAGACAGCAAACAUCUGUGUUUUUGCUGAUGAACAGGUGGAUCGCUCACCCACGGGUUCAGGUGUUACAGCCCGCAUUGCUUUGAUGCUUGGCAAAGGCCAGAUAAAAAUGCAUGAAAAGGUUUCUUUUAUAAGUUCAACAACACAAGGAGAAUUUACAGGAUGUCCUGUUGAGGCAGUUAAUGUUGGAGAUCAGGCAGCAGUUCGUGUUGAAGUAACUGGUGAAGCAUUCUAUUGUGGACAAAACACUUUCAUUUAUGAAAAGGGAGAUGCAUUGGGAAAAGGGUUUCUACUUCAUUGAUUAUUUUUUAUGAAGAUUCACCAUUUCUACAAAAAUCAAAUAUCUGUAAUUCCAUUCAUAUUAAAUCAAAUUAAUUAUAAUAAAUACCUGAAUUCAUUAAUGAGUUAAAAAAAAAAAUAUAUAUAUCAUAUUUUCAUCUGAAGAAAAAUCUAACAUGGAGAAAAAGAUAAAGUCUUUCCUAUAAUUCAAUGUUACUGAAAUUCUUUUUCAAAACCACUUACGGUGGAUCAAUAAUUUACUUUAUCAGUAUUAGUAAUAUGUUAGGUAAAUAUUACAAAAGUCAACUGAAGGGAUUGCGGAUGGGGUUGGAGCAACAAAUUAUUUAAAAUUAUUGUCAAGAAUAAUUAUUGUGAAUUGAAAUAAACACAAUUAGUUUUUGAAAUAUGCUAAAAUAGUUAUAUAUUAAUCUAUUUCCAACUCUCCAUACAAACUUUUUCUACACACCCUGAAUAUUUGUUUCUCUUUUUCAUUUGAUUUUCUUCUAUUUUUAUUUAUUCAUAAAGUCAUAUGUCCUGCUGGUUAAGCUGUUCAGCUCAUAAUCCCGAAUUCCUAGACCAGCAAUACACUUUAUUUCAUAUUGCUCCAGUUUACUCAGCUGAAAAUGACUACCAGCCAGUUACUAAAGCAGCCAUCUCUCCCUCCAGCUGUUACAUUCUCAGCAUCCUGCAAAACGAAGAAUGCCUAUGAGGGUGUCUAGAGACACCUUCCUAAAAUUACACAGGUCUGCAAAAUGGAACUUUUUGAAAAUUGUUGUGAUAAUUUUAAGUUACUUUAUAUUCAGUUAUGAAUUAGAAUCAGCACUAGUGUUGCAAACACUACCAACCGCAUAUAUUCAAUAUAUGAGUUUUACUUGUUCACCAGUAUGCUGCAGUUUAGCGUGGUGGGGAUGACUCCCUCAAAGCACUGGGUGUUAAAACACCUGAAGGUCAUAGACAGUUGAGACAA